AUGUCUGCUUCACCUUCGCCACCCGUACAACCUCGCGCAAUGACAUCCACCACAAGUGAUCUCUACGCUCAAGUGUUCGGUGCUGAUUCUGACGAUGAAUUGUCAGAGGAAGAAGAUGAUCAACCCCGACCUCCUAUUGUGAACGACCGUGAUGCGGAUGAGGAAGAAGAAGAAGAAGGUGCAGGUGACGUGUACGUGCCGGCUACAGCGACCACACCAGCUAAGAUUCCAAAGUUCAAGAAGAAAAAGAAGGUCGCUGGUGAGGACGGGGAGGAGAGAGAGAUGAGGAGGAAGGAGAAGAAGGAGAAAAGAAGGGAAGAGAAAGAGAAUAGGGCUGAAGUAGAAGAGGAGGAAGAAGAGGAACAACCGGUUUAUGAUGAAGCCACCCAGAGACGAAUGGCAUUAGAAGCCAGAAUAGACGCUAUUGGGAAGAAACCCAAGAAUACUCGACGUAAGAGGAAGGGCGAGGAUGUUGAUGACAAAGCUUCCAACGAUGCAAAACUUCCCGCAACUGCUAAAUUAGCGAUGCUUGAUGAAGUCAUGUCUGUAUUAAGAAAUCAAACACUCACACAGGCUAUCACCGACAAUCAAGUACUGGAUGCUGUGAGAGUAUGGCUAGAACCCAUUUAUCCUUCUGGAGCAUUACCAGCAGUAGGUAUACAGAAAGCUAUCUUUGAAGUUUUACCCAAGAUGGAUCUCGACACUCAAAUCCUAAAAGAAUGUCGUCUAGGUCCCAUCGUUUUAUUCUAUACGAAAACUAAACGAGUCACUCCUCUUAUCAAUCGUCAAGCAGAUAAUCUCGUUCAAAUGUGGAGUAGACCAAUUAUCAAACGUCCUACUACUCUCAAUCUCAACCCUCUCACUUCUACCGAAACAACACGUCAAGGUCAAACUGAAUUAGACGAAGUGACUGAUGAAGAUGAAGAAGUGGUUAGGGAACGUAUCAAAGUUCUUCCGAAAAGAUUCGACGCAAAGGCCGCUACUAAGGAGAAUGAAGGUAGGAGAGGUGUCAGAAUUAGGAAUAAUACAGAUGUACAAUAUACUAUCGUACCGGUCUCUAACCUUUUACAAGGUUCAGGAGAACAGAGAAACGUUUCUAGGAUACAAGCGGAUAAUAGAAAAUUCAAUAGAUUUGCUAGACAAAUCAAAAUGGCAAAGAAACGAUAG